CAGCCUCCGCGAUUGCAGUCGGCGUGGUGGUUGGCCGCUUUCGUUCGGUUCCCUCACGGUAUUAUCCAUUCCUCGCGGUGUCGCGGACGUGCUAACAACGAAAGAGUCCGUUCCGAUCCUCCACGUCUCGAUCCCCCGCGACUGGGACACCCGAGACACGCUGCUUCCACCGUCGACUUCGAGCCGAGCACACCUGCACUCGUCCGUAGCUGCCCACCCCUGUUCUCGUUGAUCCGCAGCAUGAAGCUCGCAUUGUUCGCAUUGUUGGCGACCGGCUGCCUAAUAGCCGUGGUCAGAUCCGAGGAGGAAUACGACUAUGAAGAGGAACCAGCGGCAUCACCGGUUACUCCUUCGGCGCCGGCUAGGCCGACUUCCGGUCGCCUAGGAGGGCUGCUGUCUUCGAGAGGGCGAGUCAGCGUGGGAAGAAAAGGAGCGGCCUCAACACAAGCUACCACAGCGAAACCAGUAGAACAACCAGCGGAAGCGGAAGAGGAGAUAGACGAGGAACUGGAAGAGAAUUCAGAGCAACAGGAGGAAGUUCCCACCACCACCACGGAAUCGUCGAAGAUAGUUCGAGGUGGAGUUCGACCCUUCAGAUCGAAUCAGGAUCUAUUGGCGGCGUUGAAGAGAAGAAGGGCUCAAGUGCCCAGCCAUCGAGAUACGUCUGCCAGUGGGGCGGCUGGAGAACCGACCACGCCAAAAUCUAACAAUAAAGCAAGCACAAGCAGCCGAGCUAAAAGCACUGCCACGACAGAAACGAAGUCGUCAGGACGCGGAAGGUUCGGCGGAACCAGAGGAAAGCCUAUACAGGAAGAAGUGGAGGAGACUCAACGGGAGGAGGUGCAAGUAAAACCGAAGCCUUAUCGCAGGGGAUAAGAAAAUCCCCGUCAACCGGGGGAUCCCGUGAUUCCUCGUUCCAGCUUCUGUAAACCACGCGGAAUAAAGAAAACCGACGGGGUGACCUAACCUCAACGCGACCACGCAUCAAUUUCCUCGCCGAGGGUUCAUCGCAAAACUCCUUCGAGACGGUCGCCAGUGUCACUUUCUGUCAACUAAAUGUAUCUGUGUAUACAGGGUGUCCCGCAAUUACCGGUACAACCCAGAGGAGAAUAAAGAAAACGUUUCCAAGCUCCAAAACAGAAAAAAAACGGAAAAUAAAUCGAAAAAGAAAUGAAAAAAUACUAAUAAUUUAAGAAAUAAAAAUUCUUCCUUUUUGUAUAUUUAAUUGUUAAUAAAAAGAAGUUACUACUACG